UUGUUUUAAAAAUAAAUGUUUUAAGUUAUGAAUGCCAAUAAAAUUAAAUGAGUAACUGCAAAUGGUUUAUGGUUACUUUGUGGGAAUAAUUGUUGGAAUUGAGUUGAAUCAUGGCUGUAGUUGGUGAUUGGUUUAAUGAUUUAAUGUAGUGAUUAUUGACGAUGUUGUGUAUUUUGAAGUUAUACUUGUUGCUAGUACUUGUUGAUGAUGAUUUUGUGUAUGGAAUGUUGCUAUGGUUGCUGGAAAUUCAUUUGAUGAAUUAGAACAUGAGAUAUGUUGUUAUAGAUGAGAUGCUGAAGAAUGGAUGCUAUGAUAAUAUGGUUACGUUGCACCUAUGAUAUCAAAUUGUGAUAUAUUGAAUUAAGAGUUCUUGGGCAGCUUUGGUUAGUCAAAAGAAAGUUAGAAAUGUGGUUUUAGAUGAAUCCUUGGCUUCAAUAUAGGAUUUGGUAUGUGAGGUUGUUAGAAAUACUUUGUGCAGAAUUUCUGCAGAAAUCUGCAUAAUUGGGAGCAGUUCAGACCUAAUUUUUAGAUGAAAUUAUUUUUCUGUAAAACUUUAGUGUGUCUUGAAAAUUCGAUAAAAAUUUCAGGGAAUUUGGCUAAGUGGUUUGGAAGAUAUGAUUUUUUGAAGUUUAGUGGUUGCUGCAGAUUUUUCUGGUUUUCUGGUUCUGCAGUACCAACUUUCAGACGCUAUAACUUUUAAUUUAAAUCGAAUUUUGAGUUGAUUUCAAAAGGAUUUUAAAUAUCUAUAAGUCUAUUUAAGGUGAGUACAAGUUUCAUGUUCAUAUAUAUUUUGUAGACUUAGAUAAGUCACUUGGAAGGUCGGUUGUUUGCUGAAAACUCUGAAUUGGUUUAUGAAAAUAGGGCUUGAUAAUUAAUUAAUCAAAUGAAGUGAUAUGAACCUGAAACUUGUGGAUUUUGAAACUUAGGGAUGUUGACUAUAAUCUCACCAAAAUUUAGAAGCAACGGAUUAGAAUUGAACUAAAAGCUAAUAGCAUAGAACUCGCACAAAUAAUAUCAUUUUGAAUGUGUUUUAAGCUAAUCAUGUUUACCUUUAUUUAUUUGAAUCUAGUUUUACUAAUGCAAGUAAAAUUAUUGGAUAGAUUCAUAACAAACAAUAAUGAGUUCUAUCUAGAAAAAUAGAAUUAAAGUGAAUGCCACAUUCUCAGAUUCCCACAGUGCCAGGUUAUUGAAGUGAAUGCACAUGCUUUAUUCAGUAAAUGGUUUUCUGAAAAUGACAAGCUGGUAUGCAUGUACAAUAGUUAUUAGAAAUACCAAUGCUUUGUAGUUGAUGUCCAAUUUGUUAUCACUUCAGAGAUUAUCGAUAGAUGAACUGUUAUUAUGUUGUAUUGUUGCACUGAAUGCACAAUUGUGUUUCCUUGUUGUUUAGGUUGCAAAACUUUUCCAAAAGAUUCAAGAAAUGGUAAAGAAGAAAGCAAUCUAGUAUUUGUUUUGAUUGAUGAAGUUGAAAGCCUUGCUGCGGCGAGGAAAGCUGCUAUAUCCGGUUCAGAACCUUCAGAUUCUAUUCGGGUUGUAAAUGCAUUACUAACUCAGAUUGACAAGUUAAUAUUAUCUCCAAAUGUGAUAAUCCUAAUCACAUCCAACAUAACUAAUGCUAUUGGAAAAUCAUUAUGAAGUAGAGAAAGAACUUAAUCACACAAAUUGUGAAGAUCAAAUAUUAGAGAGUAAAAAUCACCAAUUUGUGAAGAUGAUGAGGAAUCUAUUUGCUAUUCUAAUAUAUCAAUCUCUUUUCUUUAUGAUUAGAUAUGGUUAUGACUUAGACUCUUAUUAUGUAAUUUUAAAGUAUCUUAGUUUAUUUGACUUCUAAAAUCUCUUUUAUAGGUCACAAAUAUGUACGAAUCUUAUAGAAUACUUUAAAAAUCGAA